AAUCAUACAGCCCCCUCAUUAUUCCAGAAUCAAAUUGUGUUCUUAUGAUGUGUUCCAGAGUGGUUUUGAAUUAUCAAUUACCGCUGGACACUGUUCAUUAGUUUCUUACCUUUGUAUAAUAGGUGAAGUCACUCUUGGUGAGUUUCUGUGGUUUUCAGGUGAAUGUCAAAGGUGAACGUAUAAAAAUAUGUAUAUUUAGAUAUAUGUACAGAGUUCUGGAGAAGCGUGUGGCGCGUACGGGACAACGGAUGUCCUCUGCGUGGUACAGCGUUACUAUUAAGGGUGUGUGCACAGAGAAAGCAGGUUACCAGCGCGCUGGUUUCCAGCGCCAACCCGCGCCGGGAACCAGCGCGAUAGGGUGUUCACAGAGGACGCAGGUAACCAGUUUCGACCCGCUCGGUGAGCGACACGGACAGAGGCAGUAUCUGUCAUCAGUGUACAAGAUGUCGAGCUCAUCGUCUGACGAUGACUUCAUGCUGCCUGAUAGUGUUCAUACAAAAGUCAAGAGAAAAAGAAGAGCAGUACAUGAAAUAAACUACAAGAGAGAAGAGUUUGGAGAAUAUCAUCAUCUUUUCAGUGAUCUGAAAAGGGACAACGCAAGAUUUUUUGAAUACACAAGGAUGACACAAGAGACAUUCAACUACAUUCUCAAGAAAGUUGAACAUCGUCUUGUGAAGACAUGGUGUAAUUGGCAUGAGCAAUCCAUUCAACCUGAAGAAAGACUUGUCAUUACUAUCAGGUAUCUUGCCACAGGAUCGUCGUUCCGUUCCCUUGCAUUUUCGUUUAGGGUCGGAGUGACAACGGUGGGAAAGAUUGUUUCAGAGACUGUUAUCGCACUGUGGGAAGAACUACAUGAGGAACACAUGCCAGUACCAACAAAGGAGUCCUUCAAAAUGAUCGCUGAAGAUUUCUACAGCAUCUGGAAUUUCCCUAACUGUUUAGGCUCAAUUGAUGGAAAACAUAUCCGUGUUCAGUGUCCCCAAAAUUCAGGAUCAAUGUACUUUAACUACAAAAAGUUUUUUUCCAUUGUCCUUCAAGCUGUUGCAGAUGCACACUACAAGUUCAUUGCUGUUGAUGUAGGAGACUUUGGAAAGCAAAGUGAUGGUGGUACGCUCCAAGCCUCUGAUCUGUACAGUGUCUUGACAAAGGGAAAACUAGAAAUUCCUGAACCUUCUUACUUACCAAAUACAAAUGUCAAAGCUCCGUAUAUGUUUGUGGGGGAUGAAGCCUAUCCACUUUUACCUUUCCUACUAAAACCGUAUGGUGGACGUAAUUUGACUAUUGAAGAUACCACCUUCAACCAACGUUUAUCCAGGUGUAGGAAGACUGUUGAGUGUGCUUUUGGCAUGUUAUACAGCAAAUGGCGUUUACUGUCAAAGUGUGUAGAAACCAAAGUUGAUUUGAUUGACAACAUUGUAAAAUGUAUUUGUGUUCUGCAUAACACAUAGAUAAAGAGGGCGUUGAACAUCAUCUAACUGAGACUGCUGUCUCAACUCUUCAGCAAAAUGAUCAUAUGUAUUGUCGGGGAAGACCAUCAAACGAAGCUGUGAAUGUUAGGGAAAUCUUUAAAUCUUUCUUAUUGAAGUAUCCUUUAGUAUACAAGGACCAAACAAAGCAGUAAACCAUGUUUAAGAUAACAGAGUUUCACUAGCUGUGUUUUUGCUACUUAACUAAUCUUAUAACUCCUGUACUGUCCAUAGUAAAAAAAUAAAGAUAAAAUGGUUCAUAAGUUUUAAAUAUUCGUUUCACUGACCUCUAUAACUUACUGCACUAAUUUCGACAAAACAUCUUUCUUUUA